AUGGUCGACCAAGCAGUCCGAGCGCUCAACACGACGAUUACGCAGAGCUCCGUGCACUACCACCGCUUUCACCAUCUGCAGGAGUACGUGUGCCAGACGAACCUCGAGAUGCAGGGCAUUCAUGCCGUGCGUUGGUUAUCGAGAGGAGAGGCGGUGAAGCGGUUUGUGAAAGUUCUCCCUGCUACGAUUCUCCUGCUGCACGAGAAUUCCCACGCAAUGUACGAAGUCGUCACAUCAUUCAAGUUUCACUUCCUCGUGUUCUUCCUCGCCGACCUGCUGGUCAUCCUCAACGAUCUCAACAUCAAGUUUCAAAAGCAGCAGGUGGACAUCACGGUCGUGGCAAGCGAAGUUUCGUUGGCAUGCCGCACGAUCGAAGUGCGGUACAUCGAGUGUGAGGAUUCUUUCGGCAAUGGGCAGUCUCCCCUGCUCUCCGAUUUCCUCAAGAAGCACGCCAACCGACAGCAACGUGAAGUAACGGUCGAGGGCGUGGACAAGGAGGGCGAAGCAGCAGCUCACAAGUUCGUGCUGCACGAGCGGAAACUCGAUGGUGUGGAAACCGGCGGAGACUACUACUCGUGUAAGAAGCUGUGUCAGGACUACGCGCGUGAGACAAGAGACCGUCUGGAGUACCGAUUCGUGGACUUGGAGAACCUGAAUGGCGCCAAGAUAUACCGCCCUGCGUUGUAUCCCGAGGACACCACUCUGCGCAAGCGCAGGUGUCGUGAGUGGCUGGCGCAGCUGGACAAGCUCUUUCACUACUGCCUUCCAGGUAUGCCUGUUGUUGUUGUCUAG